GUUAAGAGUAGGCAACCGCAGUGCUGACGCUGGUGACCCGCGCACGGACACGUGUUGAUCAGUAUACCUCGUGGGCCUGCAUAUUUAGACUGGAUAACCUGCACGUGUGAACAGUUGAGUGUGUGUGUCAAGUGUAUGUCAAGUGUGUGUGAGGUGAAGUGAUAUGUUGGGUAAUACAGCGUGGAGGAGGACUGGUGGCCGGGGGCUGUGGGAGCUGGACCUGCCUCCCCCGCCCUCGGCCAACUGGCUCCCUGCUGAGGUGGCCAGACUCUUCCCUCAACACCCUCACCCUCCUCACACUGAUUGGUCACACAAACUCUCAAGAAGUCAAAACUAUACCAACUCAGAACUGAAUAACCACAGAUUCUCAAUGACCAAGAGUAUUGAUAGUAAAGACCUGAAUGAAAAUGGAAGUAAAGAUGUACUUAUUAGCCGUGAUAUAAAAAAAUUAGAGCAAGUUUACGAAACAAUUAUAAGAAAAAUGGAGAAAAAAGCAAUUACUUCAGGAACAAGUCGGAUGCUUUACAGGAUCUCUGCAGCACUUACCGAACAAAAAGUCUCGGGCAGUGAUACUGUCACGUCAAUGUCUGUUGAUAACACACAUGCAGACUUAUCUACAGUAACCCAAUUAGAUAGCAAGAUUUCAACUUUGAAGUCUAACAGCAGCAAUUCAGUUCCCAUGUAUGAUUUGUUGGAAAAUAAUGGUAAUGAAAGUUUUCCAAAGGACAUGUUUUGUGGAUUCUGUAAGAGUAAUGGAGAGAUGCCCCAAACAUACUUAAAUCAUUACCUCCGGGAUCGCAGAGGAGUUUUAACGUGUGAUGCACUGAGACACUACACUUGUCCUAGAUGUGGUGAAACAGGUGACAAUGCGCACACAGCUUCUUAUUGCCCACUGGCAAUGAUUAAUGACUCCUCACCAUUAGCCACAAAGCUGAAGAAGACCAAGCGAAAUGCAACAGUUGCUAGGGGUUGCCUGCCACUUCGAGACCUUUGCAGUGACCAGAGAAUGGAACAAUGCUGAAAUUGUGAAAGUGAACAUGACGUUACCACAGGAAAUGGUUCAGUGUGACAUGGUUCAGAUGCAUUCAUCAUAAUGCGCAUGCCAGCACCCAGCAUCCCUCAUCUCUUACUCCAACAUUCACAAUAAUAUCACCUUACUUCAACUUAAUAUAAAUAUACAUGCUGUCCUCCAAAAAUAGUAGCACCAAUAGGGAAUGGAUGGUACGUCCACAGUAAAAAAAACAUGUUUUGUAGUAUUGAUUUUAUAGGGAUCAUGAGAAAGAAGGCAACAAACAAAUCUAACCUAUCUUAGGCCUAGUAUAGUACAUAUACGUGUACUGUGUAUGCUUAAUUAAGCCUAAGAUUGCAUACAUCUGACCUUAGAUUAGUUAUUUCGGUCUGGGACAGGUUAGAUAUUGCAGUUGGUGUUAUGCCUUAUAGCAUAGAUGCAUAGAGUACAAAAUGUGGACCUUUUUGGGUGCAACAGUUAAUAUUUUGUAUGUUCCAUCCAUCGGCACUUUAGGUUCUAUCAUUUUUGGAGGUUGGCUUGCAAAAGAUGAGGCUUUCAUGAAGAUAUUAAGAGAGAGAGAUGUUGGGAAGAUUUAUUGUUUGUUGAUGUGUGUGUGUGUUAGAUCUGAGCGAAAGCAAAUUUAAAUAUAUUUGAGAAAUAUAAUGGCAUUGGAAAAUGAAGAAAAUUACUUAUGUAAAACCAGUGUGAAUAUAAUAGUAUUGAAAUCAGUUGAUUAGAAGUAUGGAGUGCUACACAACAGUAUAUGGAUUCUCUACAGGAUAGCAUAACCAGAAUCAUGUGAGUAAAAUAGUGAGUUUAUUUUAUCUUCUAAGCAAACAGUUAAGUGCCCAUUAACUUGUUUACAAAUCAACCCGUCCUCUUAAAAAUAACGUCACUUUUGGCUCGUAUGCGUGCUAUAGCCAAAUUUGGACGUAAUUUGAAAUGAAAUCGACUCACAAAAGU